GCUUUCACCGCAGAUGCGGAAGUGCGACACUGGAUGAGGUGGUAAUUGAGACGCAUUCAAUGCAAAACACAAACUGACGAAUUUUGAUGGGAAUUUUUGUUAUUUAAUUUAGAUUUGAUGCACCAGUGUAUCAAUCGACUCUAGGGGAUUCUUACAUGCGCGACUUUUAAUUUGAACAUUUCCGACAUUCCCCUGAUACGGAAGUACUUUUUUUAGUGUUGCUGACGAGACGCUGAUAUAGUAUAGUAUUUCUGAACUGGAGCUAGUGUGCAUAGCCAGCAAAUAAGUUUUGAAAGUGAUAACAGUAGCUACUGUUUUUGAAACCAUCUAAAUAUAUGUGCCACGGAAGUAGGUAUUGUAAAUGCACAACUACAGCGCAUUUCUUGAUAAUUUCAUACUUUCAGCUAGUUAACGUAGCUAUGCGUCAUAGUACAGGUAAACUGGCUAGCUAACUAAUCUGUCUAGCUUGGUAAAGUUAGUCUAGAUAACGUUAGCUAUCUAAAUUAGUAUGUCAGCUGUACCGUUAAUUAGACAAGCACAUAUGUAGCCAACCAUAUUUGAUGUUAACUGGCUACUUCGUAAAGGUUAGUAGCUAGUUAUGUAACGUUAUUUAGCUAGCAAUAUGUUCGGUCAUCAACAACGCCUCCAACAGCAGCAACGUAUUUGGCAGCUUCCACAACAUCUCCAACAACGCCAGCAGCUACAAACAACCCAACUCAUGCCAUCCCAACUUCCACACCAGCACCAAAUGAACCGACCACCUCCACCUAGCAUGAUCUACCUCUGCCCAGUUCCCCGGGCCUCUCUCCUUGCCACCAACCCCAUGCUGCAAGGGGCACUGCUCAUGCAACAACCGAUGCGAGGUAACAUGCGAGGCUUGGCCAUGGGUAGUGGGCUACCCUUUACUUCAUUUUUGUCUGAGGGGACAAGGCAAUCUCUCCUUGGACCGGCUCCUAUUCCCCAAGUGGGAUUGUUCGCAUCAGGACCCAAUCAUUCCCUUACACACUUUUUAAACAAGGACAUUCGUGUUAGGAAGAGGAAGAAGGAACAGACAGGAAGUGCUGGGGGCCAGCUGAGCUCCAGCAGUGCAGAGGGGCUAGGGGAGAGGGAUGAUAGGACUCCCAAUACAGAGAUGCAGGAAGCGGAAUCAGCUGGACAAUUCUUUGCAAAGCAACAGGAGCCUGAGAUGAAGAAGCAGAAGAUGAAUUUGUCAGAAGAGCCUGUGAAUAUAAAAAUUGGACAAGAGGCAGUCCAGAAGUCUGAUAAUGAAAUGUCAACAGAUGUACCUCAGCCUGUAGAUAUCUCUGCUCUCGAGUACAGAGGAGGAAGCACUUCCAUUCAAGUGGCGGAGGAAUGUUGCAAAGAAAGUGUAACAGCUGAACAUGUUCUGGGGGUAGGCACAUCCCUGAAAGUCACCAUCCAGCAGAGCAGCGAGAGCCGGGCGUUCAGCACAGGCCUAGAGGAGUUGGCUGCAGCAACAGCCACGGGGACCCCCUGUGGUGUAGGGGGACAGGGUGAGGACAGUGACAGAGGAGCUGCGACUGACAGCCACUACUGCUACAUCUGCAGCAACCCCUACCACAACCAGCAGAAUUUCCAGAACCAUAUGAACGGAUUGGAACAUCAACAGCGUAUGAUGGAGAUUCAGCAAGUGAGCAAUGCCUGUCUGGUCAAUCUAUUACCACGGGUCGGCGACUUUGUACAGGGUACACACAAAGCCGGGGGCAAAAAGCCAGCAAGGGUGCAGCGCUGGUGUGCAACCUGCCAAACACACUUUACCGGCGACCUCCUCGAGCACCGGAGGACAAAGGAGCACAAGCUAUCAAAGCAGUCCUCACGUCCCUUCUGCACCGUCUGCAAUCGCCAGUUCAGGACGCCACGGAAGUUUGUGGAGCACAUGAAGUCCCGAGAACACAAGCGGAAGGUGCUCCAGGAGGAAGGAGAGCCAGAGGUCAUUGAAGAACUCAUCACUGUGGAUGCAGUGGGAUGUUUCGAGGGAGAAGAUGACUUUGAGGAGGAGACCCACGAGGAUGAGGAUAGCAGGGGAUCGCAGCCCGGUCAAAGAGCAGUCCCACAAGAGCAUGUGGGGGGCUAUGAAGCGUUUGAUUCUGAAACACAAUACGGUUCAAGCUUUGUUGUCCCAGUGGCUGGUUUUCUCUGCAGACUGUGCCAUAAGUUCUUCUAUUUCAAGUCCACGGCCAGGCACUUUCACUGCAAGUCCCUCAUACACUUCCAGAACUUACAGAAGUACAAAGCCUUGAAGAAUCAAGAGCUCCGCUGCGGAGGACACCGAGAAGACGAGGACAUGCAGCCGAACAGUGGGGGACUCCCCUGACUUGAGAGAAUACAAAGUGGUUAUCCAAGUGAAAAAUGACUGUACAAAUGACUGCAACAUGGCUAGGGACAACACACAUCCCUGUGGUACCUCCUUUACCACAAUCAAGAUGCAUUCUGUUGUCUCUACUCAGGACAAGGCAGAGCAGGACAAUAUUUCCACUGCCACUCAGCAGGUCUCAGAACAGCUGAACUCAGACUCUGUAUUGCCAAAUACCGCAGUCGCUGUCCAUAGGCCGUGCUGCUGUGCCACCCAGCCUCCUUCUGGCUCAAGCUGUGGAUUGAAGAACAUGGUGAAGCCGUCUCCAUGCCAAAGCUGCCAAAGGUCCCAACCGAGCCUCCAGGAGUAUGGGCAUGAUGUGACUGGAGAAAAAUGCUCCUGCAGAGGUGGAUGUGCUCUUGCUUUGCAUGCAGUGCAACAGGAAACAAACAUGAGCAUACCUCAAACUGCAAGCAAGCCACUACGAGGCAGCCUCUUGGAAAGAGAGCAUUUGAAGCAGGGGAGCUCCACGCUGUUGAUGCCACAUAUACUCGAACUGGAUGAGGACAGAGAACUAGUCAACAGAGAGAAAGUGGAACGAAAGGAGUCAGCUGGGAUGAAGCCAGGAAAGUCAAGGACCACAUCGAAAAGAAUGGCCUCCAAAAUUAAAUCCAUAAGGACAACCCACACAACCUGAGAGCAGGGUCGUGUUCUACUGAACACGACCCAACAGAACACAGGAAAUUAACACAAACUAAGCCUGACAGGUCGUUAAUGGUGAUUGAUGGGAUAUCUACACAUUUGGUGUGUGUGCGAGUUUGAAGUCACCCAAGAUAAGAUUUCACAGACAAAUCCUGUUUGGUUACAGUAAAGUAGGCCUAGUUUAGUUUGAAUGGAAUUAACAGUUUGGGUUACUAUUUUAUUAAGAGAUAGCAUUCACAGUAUUGCAAGGGAUCUCCUAUCACAGUGAGUGAGGCCAUAUUAUGUUGUUUUCUUUAAAGAAAGUGCCCUUGGAUCAAUGAGCUCAAUCAAGUCUAUGUAUAUAUCGUUGUCUAUUGCCUCCUUUUCAGCUCUGAACUAAUCAGUCACACCAUGCAAUCUCAUUCAGGUCAAAACUAUUUGGCACUCUGGUACCACUUGCCAUGCGGUAGUAGAGAGAACAGUCUAUGACUGGGGUGGCUGGGGUCUUUGACAAUUUCUAGGGCCUUCCUCUGACACCGCCUGGUGUCGAGGUCCUGGAUGGCAGGCAGCUUAGCCCCAGUGAUGUACUGGGCCGUACGCACUACCCUCUGUAGUAUUCACCCCCUUGGCAUUUUUCCUAUUUUGUUGCUUUUCAACCUGGAAUUAAAAUAGAUUUUUUGGGGAGGGUUGUAAUCAUUUGAUUUUACAACAUGCCUACCACUUUGAAGAAAAAUAUUUUUUAUUGUGAAACAAACAAGAAAUAAGAAAAAAAAACUGAAUUUGGGCGUGCACAACUAUUCACCCCCCAAAGUCAAUACUUUGUAGAGCCACAUUUUGCUGCAAGUCUCUAUAAGCGUGGCACAUCUAGCCACUGGGAUUUUUGCCCAUUCUUCAAGGCAAAACUGCUCCAGCUUCUUCAAGUUGGAUGGGUUCCGCUGGUGUACAGCAAUCUUUAAAUUAUACCACAGAUUCUCAGUUGGAUUGAGGUCUGGGCUUUGACUAGGCCAUCCCAAGACAUUGAAAUGUUUCCCCUUUAAACCACUGGAGUGUUGCUUUAGCAGUAUGCUUCGGGUCAUUGUCCUGCUGUAAGGUGAACCUCCAUUCCAGUCUCAAAUCUCUGGAAGACAAACAGGUUUCCCUCAAUAAUUUCUCUGUAUUUAGCCCCAUCCAUCAUUCAUUCAAUUCUGACCAGUUUCUCAGUACCUGCCGUUGAAAAGCAUGGAUGAUUUUCUCGGGGUGAUGAGAGGUGUUGGGUUUGCGCCAGACAUAGCGUUUUCCUUGAUGGCCAAAAAGCUACAUUUUAGUCUCAUCUGAGGACUCAAAUAAAAGUUUGUUUUAAAAAGUUUAAUUAAUGAUCGUGGGCCCAAUUUGGACAUUUUCACUUCGGGGUGUACUCACUUUUGUUGCCAGUGGUUUAGACAUUCAUGGCUGUGUAUUGAGUUAUUUUGAGGGGACAGCAAAUUUACACUGUUAUACAAGCUGUACACUCACUACUUUACAUUGUAGCAAAGUAUCAUUUCUUCAGUGUUGUCACAUGAAAAUAUAUACUCAAAUAUUUACAAAAAUGUGAGGGGUGUACUCACUUUUGUGAUAUACUGUAAGUGUGAACUAUUUCUAAGAUGCAAAGUGUCAGUUUUUCCCCAACUCAUUUCACGCAUAAGAGGAAGGCUUGCAGUACCGGUGCUGGCAUAUGCACAGAUACAAAAGUAUGUGGACAUCUGCUCUUAACUUCCCAAAAUCAUGGGCAUUAAUAGAGUUGGUCGCCCCUUUGCUGCUGUAACAGCCUCCACUCUUCUGGGAAGGCGUUCCACUAGAUUUUGGAACAUUGCUGCAGGGACUUACUUUCUUUCAGCCACAAGCAUUAGUGAGGUCUGGCACUGAUGUUGAGAGUUUAGGCCUGGCUCACAGUCAGCAUUCCAAUUCAUCAGGGCUCUGUGCAGGCCAGGAAAAGGGCCUUUCCCAAACUGCCAGAAAGUUGGAAGCACAGAAUUGUCUGGUAAAGUUAAGAUUUCCCUUCACUGGAACUAAGUAACCCAAACCAUGAAAAACAGCACCAAACCAUUAUUCCUUCUCCACCAAACUGGGUGGAGGAAUAAUAAUACAUUGGGGCAGGUAGCGUUCUCCUGGCAUCCGCCAAACCCAGAUUCGUACGUCGGGCUGCCAGAUGGUAAAGCGUAAUUCAUCAUUCCAGUGGACGCAUUUUCACUGCUUCAGAGUCCCAACGGCUACGAGAUUUGCACCUCUUCAACCGAUGCUUGGCAUUGCGCACUGUGAUCUUAGGCUUGUGUGUGGCUGCUCGGAAACCAAUUUCAUGAAGCUCCCGAUGAACAGUUAUUGUGCUUCCAGGCAGUUUAGAAGUGUUGCAACCGAGGACAGAUUUGUGACUGACGGGCUCAAAUCGGUCUCAUGAAGCAACAUUUUUAAAUUGUGCUUCCUACAUUGGAUAAAAGUAGAGACUCAGAGCUGCAAAAUGGUAUAAUACACUACAGUUGAGGAACAAUGGGAAAGUAAUUUUGCUUUGAAAGUUGAUAAACUUGUAAAUUCACUUUUGAGAAAAUGGUCUUUGAAAGUUUUGGUACUGCUAUUGGAGAACCCUCUUUGUCUACACCCAUUCAGCAUUGUUCACAUCCUCUUAAACUUUAGCCCCAACCAUCUAUUUACGGGUUUAUCCGAAUGUAUUAACAGCUGUCAGGCACCCAAACUAACUUGCUAACUACUUCCAGACAUCUAUGUGAGAGAGAGAGAGAACAGCUCACUGAACAUUACUUGCCCUAGCAGAGUUGAUUAGGCUGCUUUGUUAUCCAGAGCAUUGGUGACUGCAAUUGUGCUGUCAGAUUGUAAAUUCUGAGCGUUUAGUGUUCUGAGCGCACAGCGGACGCUCUGGCCGAUGAGUGAAUUUACUGACAUGGCCAUAUUUAACUGGUGUUGAGCGUUCGAAAAUCUUCAGUUAUUCUGCGCUCUCUGGCACACAGACGAGAGUGCUUUAAAAUUGGAGUAGAUGACCAGACUGAAUUUACGAAUGCACCAGGGAGUGGUUACUUGCAUAGUGGAGUAUUUUGUUAAGACAUGUAAUCUAGCUAGCUAGGUAAAAAAUGAACCAUAAUCACAACUCAUGAUGCUACUAGCCUGCAUGAUUCUGCAGGUAGCGAAUCAAUCAGGUUCAGUGUUGGCUAGCUAUAGCCUAAUGUAAGCUAGUUAAGCAAAUAGCUCUGAGAUACUAAUAAUGUCAUACACGUAACGUUAGAUUACAUUAGCUAGGUAAACAAUGAACCAUAAUCACAACAAGAUGCGCCGACAGAGAUGGUCGCCUCGCAUUCGAGUCCUUAGGAAACUAUGCAGUGUUUCGUUUUUAAAAAAGUAUUAUUUCUUACAUUGUUAGCACAGAAAAUCUUAAGUCUUAUUACAUACAGCCGGGAAGAACUAUUGGAUAUCAGAGCGACGUCAAUUUACCAACAUUGUGACCAGGAAUAUCACUUUACCGAUGUGGAUCCUUUGUUCGGACCACCUACCAGGACAUUGGAUCUAAUCCCAGAGGCCGACCCAAAACAACGUCGCCGCAGAAGAGGUAGGCGGACUUCGAAGGGAGGAGGUGAGGGCACUCGGAGUGUGGUGUCAGGAAAACGAUCUCUCGUCAACAAAAAAAGGAAAUAAUCGUGGACUAGAGGAAACAGAGGGAGCACCCCCCUAUCCACAUUGAUGGGACAGCAGUGGAGAAGGUGGAACGUUGGCAUACACAUCACGGACAAACUGAAAUGGUCCACUCACACACAGUGUGGUGAAGAAGGUAAAGAUAUUUGGCUUGUCACCUAAAACCCUCAAACUUUUACAGAUGCACAAUUGAAAGCAUCCUGUCGGGCUGUAUCACUGCCUGGUAAGGCAACUGCUCUCCAGAGGGUGGUGCGGUCUGCACAACGCAUCACCCGGGGGCAAACUACUUGCCCUCCAGGACACCUACAGCACCCGGUGUCACAGGAAGGCCAAAAAGAUCAUCAAGGACAACAACCACUCGAGCCACUGUCUGUUCACCCCACUACCAUCCAGAAGGCGAGGUCAGUACAGGUGCAUCAAAGCUGGGACCACUUCACAAAAUAGAUGGCAUCAUGAGGCUGGAAAAUUUUGUAGAUUUUUUGAAGCAACAUCUCAAGACAUCAGUUCAAGUUCAAGCUUGGUCGCAAAUGGUUCUUCCAAAUGGACAAUGACCCCAAGCAUACUUCCAAAGUUGUGGCAAAAUGGCUUAAGGACAACAAAGUCGAGGUAUUGGAGUGGCCAUCACAAAGCCCUGACCUCAAUCCUGUAGAACAUUUGUGGGCAGAACUGAAAAAGCGUGUGAUCAAGGAGGCCUACAAACCUGACUCCGUUACACCAGCCCUGUCAGGAGGAAUGGGACAAAAUUCACCCAACUUCUUGUGGGAAGCUUGUGGAAGGCUACCUGAAACGUUUGAACCAAGUUAAACCAUUCAAAGGCACUGCUGCCAAAUACUCAUUGAGUGUAUGUAAACUUCUGACCCAAUAGGAAUGUGAUGAAACAAAAGCUGAAAUAAAUCACUCUACUAUUA